AUUUUGUUCGUUUUCAAGGUUGGCCACAGUGUGUAUCGCAAACGAAAUCCUACCCCAGAAAAGACCCACCAUUGGCGUUUUUAUGUCGACAGUUGGAGCAAGCGGUACCCCCUGUCAACCUUUGUUAAUAGCGUUGUGUUCCACCUUCACGAGACAUUCAAAAAUCCCAGACAAGUUGUGAUAAAGGAACCCUUUGCUAUUGAAGAGGAUGGAUUUGGUAGCUUCUGUCUGCGUGCACAGGUGUACUUCUUGAAUGUCUUUGCUGAUUUAACCUAUGACCUCACCCUGUUUGAUCGCCGCGAGCUUCAUGCCUUCCGCACUGUUCGCAUUGACCCCAAGGACAGCGAGGAUUGGAUCCUCUACACCAACGUUGGCGGAAUUCCUGUUCCCACUACCGCCUCUAUUCAAGAUAUUCAACAAAGGGUGCUAGAUCUUAUUCAAAUGUCCAGCAAAAACGGCAACCUUACAAUCUCUUCCUUCUACCCCGAGCUAUCAGAAGCAAUUCUUGCCACCGCAGUUCGUUGCUCUAGCCAAACACACUCUCCUGUUCCACUGCGUAACCGCCUUGGCCGAGAGAGCCGAUCCCAGGCUCUAGCGAAUCUCGGCAUGCCCAUCACUCCCUCGUCAACUCCGACGUCUUCCCUCACCGCUCCCUUAUCGUUAACCAGCGCCUCUACCUCACAUCUUCCUUCCCAGCUCCCCUCUUCCAUAAAACACAAAAAGAAGCUCCAGUUGAAACACGAGGCCCAGCUGCGUUUUGAGAACCAGCAUCUGAGUGAAGUUAGUAAUUCACGGCCGCAUACCAGUCAGCAUCUGGAUCCACUUGCACAAAAAGAACGCAUUGUUAUCAAGCUCUCUCGGUCGGAGUUGAAGAAAGGUGAGGAAAAAGUGAAGAAAAUCAAGAAAAAACAUAAACGCCACCACCAUCAUCAUCACCGAUCGGAGACUCGAUCGACAAGUGGGUCACAAUCCGACGCUACUCCAUACACUCAUGCAAACGCCGUAACUCUGAUUCAGUCGCCCUCUCAUGCUCAGAGCUCUCCGGUGACGGCCUUCGGCAAAAUUGAUGCUUCUGGUGAUCGAGGUAAAAGGCUGUGCAAACCGACAGAUGGGCUCUUUCCUGCCCUUUCUAAUCAACACCCAGCAUGUAAUGAAGAAGAUGGAGCGGCCGCGUCAUCCUCAUCUCCAGUUUCUCGAUCAAUUUUCGGCUCUCUCGAAGAACCAGUUAAUGGCAGUGGAAACACAAAGCGGACUUCUGGCGAUGGCUUCCAUGAUCAAAUGCGAAAUCCAGCCGAAGCCGCUGGCUCUCCACAUCUCGAUCCACAGCAUGCUACAAUGGUGUGGAUCUCCCACCUAACCGGUGGACCGCAACCCCUCGUUUCUCCACUUCCUCCUCACCCCACCAGUCCCAAGUCCGUCCUCUCGCCCCACCCUUCGGUCCCGCCUGCACAGGAGCCCUCCGUCCUCAAUAAACCCCCAACAGAAGGAAACUACUGCCUUCAGAAUAGAGAGCAAAACAAUUUCAAAGAAAUCACCCCACCAUCAGCGAUUUCCCAUUCCUUUAUAAAACAUACUUCGUCUCCUUGUGGAUAUGGUGCGGUUUCGACAAAGGCCUUAAAACGUAAAAGCGACGAGGACAGAGGCGUGAUCUCGAAAAGCCGCAUGGAGGAACCGAUCAGUGUUACAAAACGAAGUCAUGAUGAGUCCCCUACAGAGAACAUGAAGAAUAAGAUGCAGAAUCCACAGAUGGAUCAACAGUCAUCACAGGAACCCUCGUCUCAUCCUAGUCUUUCACCUGACUCCACUCCCCCUAUGUCCGCAGAAGCCGCCUCAGAUCCUUCGGUGGUAGUUCCGAACACAAAUACUACAGGUGUCUUUACAAGUGCUGCUGAUGGAGCUUAUUUGGACGACGCAGCGCUGGAGAGCUUAUUUGACCGUCUUCUCUGCCUGGAAAACGAAUGCAUGGCCAUCCACAUGGCAGAAGUGCUUAAACGAUAUGCAAAUGUUGGAGACGACGCAAUCGACGUACUUACACCUGAGGGAGCUGAGUACGAUUGCCCUCAGAUAAUCGCCUUCAAUUUGCGCAAACUGCCUCUAGAGUGCCUGGUGGAGCUUACGGAGAUUAUCACGGCGGAUGAAAGGAUGUCAGCUGAAAGAGACGCAGCCGCCUCCGCCGCCACUGACUCUACAAAUGAGUAA